AUGGGCACUUUCAAGUUCACCUGGGCUCACCCGGCUGAGGAGGUCUACGUUACUGGUACAUUCGACAACUGGACUAAGAGUGAGAGGUUGGACAAGGUUGGCGACUCAUUCGAGAAGACCGUCACCCUGCCCGAGACUGAGGGCAAGAUCUACUACAAGGUUCGUAACCGCCAAUUCGGGCGAUUUCUAUUUUCACAUCACCAUUACUGCUUCAUCCUACCCCGAGUCGGAGCACUUCACCACCUCCGGGUUUCCUUAUCGCGGCGCAGAUUGUGGGAAGCACUCACGGCACGGAGGGGCAGAGUGGGGAGCGAAAGCAGUGGCCAGCGACCAGGGUACCAUGCAGGCAGCCUGGCGGGUUCGCAGCCCUUGGCUGAGCAUCAGCGGAGCGGCACUACCAGCAGCCACCAACUCUCAUCACUGGACCACCUCUGCCUGGCAAUCUUCCGCACCAGGAACGAUCCCUGGUUUGUUGUCGACAACAACUGGAUCACAGACCACACCGCGCCUCAAGAACCCGAUCACGAGGGAAACGUAAACAACUUUUUGACUCCCGAUCAAAUCGUAAAAGAAGAUUCUUCCGCAGCAGUCAUGAACUCUGUCACUCCCGACGCCACCACGGCCGCCUUGGCCAAGGACGUGCCUCUUGAGAACGAGAAGAAGAAGAAUAAGAAGAAGAACAAGAAGAACAAGAAGAAGACCGCCACCGAAGACAAGGUUGACGAUACCGAGAAGACGGAAGAGGAGACCGAUGACAAGACGGAACCCCAGGCCACCCCUUCUGAUAUCCCCGGUGGCUUCCCCAUCACUCCCGCCAACGAGCUCGAGAAGACCAUUGGCGUUGACCCCAUUCCCGCUCAGGACGUUACCGCUGAACCCAUCAAGGUUGAGGCAGGCGAGCCUCUGCCCCCGGCUGCCAAGGCUGGCGACAUCAAUGAGCACGUCAAGCUUGACAAGGAGGGCUACGAGGACUCUAGUGCUCUGCCUGGUCUGUCCAAGGAAGAGACUACCCUCCCUGCCGUCACCAGCAGCACCAUCCCCGAGUCUAGCUUGCCUGUCGCCAGCGUCGCCGAUGUCACCAUCAACAGUGCGGCCCCGACAUCCACCACUGCUGCUCUUGCCGCCGAGGUGCCCGUAGAGACCAAGAAGGUCGAGGUUCCCGAGGUUGUCAAGGAGAGCCAGGAGAAGGCCCACGUCGAGCCUGAGGCUAGCGCUAACCCCGAGGCCGUCGUUGAGAAGGCUGCUGUCGAGGAAGAGCUUCUUGAGAAGGAGAACCUGCCUGUUGCUGUUCAGGAGGCCAUUGGCACCGAGACCAAGGAGGAGGUUCGCCAAGAAGUUGCUCCUGAGGUCCCCACCGUUGUGAAGGAGGCCAUCACCGAGUCUGGCAAGAGCCCCGAGGCUGCCGCUAACACCGAGGCCGUCAUCGAGAAGAAGGAGGUCGAGACUGAGCUGCUCAAGGAGGUCAAGGCCGUCCCUGCCGUUGGCGAGGAGGCUGAAAAGGCCAAGGCGGAGGCUGCCAAGGCUGAGGUCAAGGAGACCAAGGCCGAGGUCCAAGAGGGCGAAAAGUCCAAGACUGAGGCUGUCAAGGAAGAGGCCAAGGUCGCCAAGGAAGAGGUCAAGGAGGCCGUUACCAAGGAUGAGCCCGCGAAGGAGGCCAACGGCACUCACGCCGUCAACGGCAGCAACGGUACCCCCACGAUCAAGGAGCCCGAGGCUCCCGCCACUCCCGCCAAGGCUGCCUCCUCCGUCCCCGACUCGACAGCACCAAGUACCGGUAAGGCUGCACACAGCCCUGCCGGCACCGAGAAGAAGAAGAAGAACCGUCUGAGUGCCUUCAUUGGCAAGCUCAAGAGCAAGGUGUCGGGCAAAUAA